UCAUAAACAGCGCCCGCCAUUAUGGACGGUGAGCAGCCCCUGGAACACCGAUCGUCGUACGGGACCUCUGUGCGACGUCCCGAUCAUGUGAUCACUGAUUGGCCAAUCAGUGAUCACAUGCAGAGUAGUAAGCAAGAUGUGACUUCUGACAUCAUUGCUUACUGUGUGUGAAAUCUGUGAAUGAUCACAGAGGUCACAUGGUACAAGGCUAUUCACAACAGCCUUGUACCAUGUGACAAGCUGUGACCAAUCACAGCUCACUCAGUAGUUAUCAAUGGCUGCAAGAAUGCAGCCAGAGAGGAGAAAUGAUUGCUU